GACCAAAUGAAUAAUGUAAUUAAGUUGAGGGACCGUUCUAGCAUUUUCCCUCAAAUAAAACGAGUUAUAAUCAAACUCCGCAGCUGUCUCCGGCCGUCAGCCUCCCCCCAUCACUACCGGCGCCACCGCUGUAUCCUUUGAUUCUCCCGCCCAUUUCUUAAUAUCGUUGAACCCCGUCAGCAAUCGAAGGUAUCCCCAUUGAUCUGAUAGUGGGAAGUGGAAUUGUUGAGAGCUUCCACCGCUGGAAUUUCUAUCUCGAUUUCGUCUCCUUUUGCGUCACUUCGGUUACCAAACCGAAUUUCUCCAGUGUUGAGAACGAAUAUACUCAUAUCAAAGAAUGAAAAAGCUAUUGGAUUUUGGGAGGAAAGCAAUGUUCUACGUGAGGGUCCUCUCGGGCUAUGAGGAACGUCGAAUUCGGUCGUUUAGAUUACAGAUGGAAGAACGCCUCCAGAAGGCCCAGGCAAAGAAGGAAGCUUUGAAAAAGGUUCCUGAGCAAAUUAUUUUGUCUGAAGUCAGGAAGAUGGUGGAAGACAUGCAAGCUUUGAAUAAGAAGCUGGAAGAAACAGAGGCUGCGAUUGAAGAGUAUUUUAAACCUAUUGACCAAGAAGCACAUAUGAUAAUGAAGAUGCAGCUCGACAGUGAAGAGACAAAGAUGAAGGAACUAAUGAAAACCAUGCAACAACAGGCCUUACUGGAAAGAGAUGAGGCGGAAAAAUUAGCUAACAUACGAAACAAUGUUUCAAAGCAAGAGAUUCAGGAGCAGUCACCAUCCAAAUCACCUGAUACUGAUGUUCCAUGAUUCAAUCUGUAAGGCAUCUUCUCAAAUCUUCCCAGCUUCAAGCCAAAUGAUUCAUCGGAUGUUACUUUACCCACAGUUGGGUAGUUUGUCUCGAAUAGCGAGGGGUUUGGUUUUCCCAAUUUGAAUAACACAUUGUUGUUCUAGGCGUUGGAUGCCAUGUUUGCCACAUCUAGAGUUCUUACGGAAAGGCAUGGCACAUUAAAUACUUCCUCUGUCCCAAAAUUAUUGUCCAGUUUGAGAUUUCACUUUUAGUACAAUUUGAACUAGAAAUGAAAACUCAAACUGGACAAUAAUUAUGGGACGGAGGGAGUAUAAGUUUAUUUAAGAAAUGCUCACAACACUGCAUGGUGUUAGAAUCGAAUUUUAAGAUUCUUUUCUCUGUGGUUUUAGCGUACGGUUCCCAACAAAGUUGGCAGUUGGAACGCUUGGUAGUGGUACUAAAUGUACUAAACAAGGAAGCAUAUUUUGCUUUAGCUGUCAUAUCAAGUCCACGGAUCCAAAAUCUCUCUGCAUUCUGUAAAUGGAACUAGAAAUACUCAAUUGAGGAUAGGGAAUCAUUGGUCAGUUAUACAUUUGAAUAACUAGUGAAUAGUGAUACAUACAUGC